AUGGAUUUCGCCCUGUUCUUCCAGCAGACCGUCUUGUCAAUUCUUCCGUCUACCAUAUUCAUCUGUGCAUCAAUACUAAGGAUCUUAUCCGUCAUACGAGGACCACUACGAGUCAAUAGUGCCUGGCUGCUGAGCACCCAGAUCGUCUUACUCACAUCAUUGAUCAGAUCCAAUGCUGUGAAUGGUUCUGUAGCCGUCGCAGCCAGCGUCCUGAGGUUGGUCGUUUCGGUGGUGGUCCUCUGCCUCUUGUACCAGGAGCAUCAAAGAUGGAAUCAUCCCUCCAUUCUUACCAGCAGCUACCUUGUGUUUACUAUCCUGCUCGAACUAGUCGAGGCAAGAAUCCUCGGGAGUCGGCUUGGUUAUACUCAUAUUGCCACCAUGUUUGCUGUAUCUAUUGCUGCCAAAUUUGUCAUUCUAUUGCUACAAGAGCUACCAAAAGCAUCAUCCUCAAUUUUCAACCAAUUAGGUACAGCUAAAAAACCGACUAGUAGUCUCCUAAAGCAGACACUACUUUGGUGGCCGAAUCUUCUCUUCAACAAGGGUCACCGAAACAUCCUCACUAACAGCGAUCUCGGGGAUGUCGAUGAGGAAUUCGACUCGAGAACUCUCUUGGCAGCAAUCACUUCAACGUGGGCAAAUUCCCACAAAGUCGGAAAAUAUUCACUGGUAUGGGUGGUUCUAAAAACACUCAAGCUCCAGUGUCUCGCCAUCGCGGUCCCCCGACUCCUUUUAUCCGCAUUCAUGUUUGCGCAGCCCUUUCUCAUCAACCGAGUCAUAGAUUUUGUAGGAGAACCACCGACACGAUAUGAUCUAGAGGUGACGCGAGGCUUGAUUGCAGAAACUUUCUUCGUGUACGCCGGAAUUGCGGUGACAAGAUGCUACUCUAAGCACUUAAGAUUCCAACUCAUCACCAUGAUCCGGGGUGCGCUAGUGGGUAUCAUAUACCAAAAGACACUGAACCUUGAGACCAGCUCGAUUAGCGAGUCAGCACCCGUUACUCUCAUGAGCACUGACAUCGAUGGUAUUAUCUCUGCUACGCAGUCAUUUCAUGACUUGUGGCCAAGUGUGAUCGAGGUCGGCGUUGGCCUGUUCCUGCUUGAUCGAAAGGCUGGUCACUCAAGUUUCCUGGUACUAGUACCAGGUAUCUUCUGUUGGUUGAUAUCGCAGGCAAUCUCCAAGACCGCCAUUCCCGCCCAGCGUGCCUGGAAUGAGGCGAUCCAGGCCAGGGUCUCAGUUACAUCGUCUAUGCUUGGACAGAUAAAAGGAAUAAAAAUGGUGGGACUGAGCGAUUACAUGACACAAACUAUCCAUAGCUUUCGGGUUUUCGAGUUGGACAUGUCUCGGAAGCUUAGAACUGUGCUCGCCUGGGUCACAAGUCUCUCAAGCGACAUAUUCACGACCCUUUCUAUGGUCAUGCUUGUGGCACAGCCAAUAUCGACUAUUGUGGGCUCGUAUACAGUUUUCAUCUCAGGUCUUGCUUGCUGUAGCCGAAUUCAAAGCUUUCUUCUGCUCAACGAGAAAGCUGAGUACCGACUAUCAGCAUUGUACCGCUUUGCUGGCCGAAAUCAGUCACCUGUCGUCGAUGUCCGCCAGGCUACCUUUACCACAAAGGAUCAACAAAUCAAAUUGCUCCGUGAAAUCGAAUUCCAGAUCUCAACUGGAUCCAUUUCAAUGAUCGUAGGUCGCGUUGGCUGUGGGAAGUCUUCGUUGCUCAAAGGCAUCCUCGGUGAGCUACACAUGACCAGUGGCACAGUCCACUUAGCCACAUCCUCAAUAUCGUACUGCGACCAGACACCCUGGCUUCGAAACAUUUCUAUCCGAGAUAAUAUUACCGGUCCACUGCGUUUCGAAAAAGACUGGUAUGCCCAAGUUGUCUCAGCUUGCGCUCUUGAUCGAGAUUUUACUUCGUUCCCAUGCGGAGAUCAAACCCUCGUUGGGAGCGGGGGAAUAUCACUCAGCGGCGGACAAAGACAACGAGUAGGGCUUGCUAGAGCUGUUUAUUCACGGAGCGCACUUGUCCUUCUCGAUGAUGUUUUCAGCGGCCUCGACGACACGACAUCAGCCGCUGUCUUCAGUGCUCUACUGGGCGAUGGUGGACUGCUUCGCAACAGAAACAUAACUGUGCUCUUUGCUACGCAUUCCAUCCAGUUCCUUAACAAUGCAGACUUUGUAACCGUACUUGAAUUAGGGAUGAUCAAAUAUAAUCAAGUCAAGUUUGACUCUAUCAAUAAUGAAUUGAAGAAUGCGAUAAGAAGGAAUGUAAUGAAGACACGCAUCGAUAUACGGCCAAACGUCAACUCUGAAGAUGAGCUCAGUAAAUUGCCUUGCCAUAAAGCAUCUUCUGGAAGCCCGAAAGAUCCUGAUCUGACUCGCCAGGCUGGAGAUCUCGGUCUAUACAUGUUCUAUGUGGGAUCGAUAGGACCUGUCUUCGCUCUGAUAUUGAUCGUCCUAGCAGUUUCGUUUUCUGUCUUCAAGAAAAUGCCACAAAUAUGGAUCCGGAUAUGGACUCAACAUGGAAUAGACGAGGAUAAGGGCCACUUUAUAGGCAUUUAUCUGACAUUCGUUGUAGCCUGUUUUGCAUCAAUAUGGCUCCUCUCCAGAUUUUUCCUCAUUCAUGUCAUCAGCAGGUCCUCGCAACACCUGCAUUCGCUAUUACUGAACGCGGUGAUGAAGGCACCCCUUCAUUUCUUCACGUUAACCGAUAACGGCUCCACUUUAAACCGCUUUAGCCAGGAUAUGACCAUUAUAGACCAGGUAUUGCCUGGUAGUUCCUUCAAUGCCCUACGAGAUACCUUCAACAUCAUCACGGAGAUAAUUAUUAUUACAUCCGGUGCACGAUAUGUUGCGGCCAUCAUUCCAUUCUGUACGGUCGCGCUAUAUUUUGUUCAGUCCCUAUAUCUGCGCACAUCUCGACAGAUUCGCCGUCUCGAUCUUGAAGCAAAGUCGCCCUUGUAUACUCACUUCUCCGAGACACUCACUGGGCUCGUUACUAUCCGAGCCAUGGGCUGGAAGCAAGAUUUUAUCGAGGAGAACAGCAAUCGUCUGAAUAAGUCUCAGAGGCCAUUUUACCUUGUCUAUAGUGUCCAGGUGUGGCUGAAUAUUGUCCUGGACUUUGUUGUCUGUGGCAUUGCCACCGCUCUGGUCGCUGUGGCGGUACUAACGCGCGACUCAACGUCCAAAGCCGCGAUUGGUCUCGCACUGCUCAACAUCAUCAGCUUCAACAACACACUUUCGUUUCUCAUUAACUCAUGGACAAACCUAGAGACCUCUUUGGGGGCCGUCGCACGGUUACGCACUUUUUUGCUCCAGAUUCCUGAGGAGGGUUUCAUAGCUGAGCGCCAGGAUCCGCCGGCGGAUUGGCCUACCAUGGGCGACAUAAGAUUCAACAACGUUACGUCAAGUUACGGUCCCGAGCUCGCUCCUACAAUCAGAAGCGUAUCCCUCAACAUCAAGGCUGGCCAGAAGGUUGGCAUAUGUGGUCGGACUGGAAGUGGUAAAUCAUCUCUGAUUCUCACCCUCCUCCGCCUAUUAGACCUCAGGUCAGGCUCCCUACAUAUCGACGGGCUCGACCUCUCCAUCCUCAGGCGGGAGGCGAUUCGAUCUCGUAUUAUCACGCUACCCCAAGAGCCCGUCAUACUGCCUGGGACGGUAAGAGAGAACCUUUGCCCAGCUAAUCAGGUAUUCUCGGACAAGGACCUCGUGGCAGCCCUGGAAAAGACAGGAAUAUGGGAAGUGAUCAGUUUCAGGGGGGGCCUUAUGGCUGAGUUAGACGAGAUAGGUCUUUCUGUCGGCCAGAAACAGCUCUUCUGCCUCUCUCGUGCCGUUCUUCACGAGGCAAAGAUAUUGUUGUUAGACGAGGCAACGUCCAACUUAGACCCCGACACGGAGCAGAAGCUGCGACGGGUCAUUCGCACUGAGCUUGCAGACUGCACUAUCCUCGAGGUCGCACACAAGCUGGAAGCGAUUGCCUCGUACGAUCUAGUUAUUAUCAUGCAAGAUGGGGAAAUUGUUGAGAUGGGAGACCCUCGAGAACUAUUACAGGUUGACCUUAGCGGGUCGGUAUGA